AUGCAGCUCAAACAUCUGACCUCAUUGACGAAGGGGCAGCCCGGAAUCCUCCAUAACAUAAGUUCCAGCCUUCUAGCAUUCGAAUAUACCAAAGGAUCAUCUCGAACCAACACGCUCAUCUUCGUCGGCGGACUAGGCGACGGCCUCGGCACAGUCGAUUACACAAAUGACAUUAUCCGCGCAGUAGAAGGCACCGACUGGACAGUCUUCACUCUGAUCCUCUCAUGCUCAUACGGUGGAUGGGGAAUGGGCCGACUAGGCCAAGACACCGACGAGCUAGCCGCAUGCGUGAAUUAUAUCCGGGAUUACAAGGAGCCUCACUUCGGGGCUGGGAAGGUAGCUCUUAUGGGCCAUUCGACUGGUAGCCAGGAUGUAAUGCACUACAUCAAUGCGCCGAACCCGCGGCCUGCACACCCGAUUUUAGAUCAGAAUUGUGUGCCUGUUACGCGCCCGCCCGUUGACGGCGUCAUUAUGCAGGCGUCUGUCUCUGAUCGUGAGGGUAUACUUUGGGAAGUACAGGUCGGGACGGAGCGGAAUAGCCCUGCUGAGAUGCGGGAUAUCUACGACCGCGCUGUUCAGGGUGCGCGCAAGACGUUUGAGGAUGGCGUUGAUACACUUGUGCCUCUCUCACUAACGUCGCGGAUCGGAUAUGGGUCUACUGCGUUGAGUAGUCGGCGGUUCCUUAGUCUUGUCAGCCCGGAUAGUCCUGCGAAGCCGGCUGAAGAUGAUUACUUCAGUUCUGAUCUGAGUGAUGCGCGGCUUGCAGAGACGUUUGGUAUGGUUGGGGCUCGGGGUCUAUUAAAACAAAAACUUUUGGUUUUGUAUUCUGGUCGCGACCAGUCUGUACCUCCUUGGGUGAAUAAGGAGGGGUUGCUGAGGCGAUGGCAGAGGGCUAUUGAUGCCGGUGGACAUCAGUUUUGGGAUCCGCGCAGUAUGGUCAUUCCAGGUGCGUCGCACGCGCUAAGUGAUCCGGAUCAGGCUGAGCCGCGGCGCAUUUUGGUGGACAGAGUUACGGGGUUCUUGAAGGAUAUUCAGAAGUAG